UGACAUUUGCUGAGAUGACUGUCAGUCAAUAUUGUACUUGGAAAAUAUAAAGAAUACCUUUGUCAUCAAUUGUAUCACUUAAUAUUACAGCAGUUUUCUAAGUAAGUUGUGUGCGGAUUUUUCAUUAAUCUGCGAAGAAAAUACAAUAAUUUUGACCCAAAUUUUGAGUAUUUUUGUAUAAUUUUCAUUGGCAGCACUGCUCAUCACUAAAGUUCGGUCCAUUAGUAUUGAACAACAGUGUGCAAACAAGAUUUGGAUGUAAAUAAUUAUCAUUUGAUACAAGUGAACCAGAAACAACAAUGGAUGACAUUGAAAAAGAGGCUAAAUCUGUAAUACAAAGAAUCAUCAGCAAUGUUACCAAAACAUCGGCCCCAAAGCAAAUCUUGAUGGGAGCUUCGUCGGGCUGGGUUGCAGGAUUCCUAGCAUUACGAGUAGCUAAGACAGCUGCUCUGGCCUUAGGAGGAGGCAUCAUCCUACUCCAAGUAGCCAACGAGAAGGGAUAUAUCAACAUCAACUGGGAUAAAUUCAACAAAAACUUGGAUAAAAUCAGAGACAAGGCUGAAGGAGAAGUCGCAGGUGAAGAGCCGACUUGGAUACACAGGACAGAAAAAAUCGUUGACAAGCAACUGAACAAUACCAAAAACCAAAUCAAAAAAGGCAAGGACAAAGCUAAAAAGUGGUAUGCGGGUUUGACAGGGGAUGACUGUCAAUUCAAAGAUAUGCACAUAUUUAUGGUCUCCUUUUUGGCAGGAGUGGCCCUUGGAGUCGGAACUUCAUGAAUAGGAUAUAAAAAAUAUAUGUUCGAAUAUUUAUCAACUAAGGACAGUAUAAGUUAGUUUUAUAA